GAUUACAUAACCUAUAUAGCUGAUAUCCGGUUAUCUUUCUAGUUGUUUAAAUAGCGGUCUUUUAACACGGUAUUCUAGUGAGAUUUUCACCAUGGUUAUGUCAUUGUAGACUUAAAACCUGAUUUGAACCAGAAGACAUGUCGGUUGUGAAAGUUCCAGAUGCUUCUGGUAAAACUAUAACUUUACUAGAAUGGAACGGAAGAUUCUAUCCCCAAUUUCCCCCAGAAGUUGUCAUGAACGUUCCAUCGGUCAAAUUCAGGGAUGAUGAUGUUCUUCUUUGUUCGUAUGCAAAGUCAGGUACACAUUGGAUGUCUGAAAUAUGUAGGAUGCUAAUUCAUGGGCGAACAGACAUAGAAGUUAAACCAAAAGGACAUUUUAUGUUAGAAAUAAUGCCGCAAGAGACUUUGGAUAAAGAACCUUCACCAAGAUUACUAAAUACCCAUUAUAGGUUCGAUCGUUUACCUACUGAUUUGAAAACCAAGAAAACAAAAAUAAUUUACAUAAGAAGAAACCCAAAAGAUGUUGUCGUUUCCUUUUACAACCAUACUCUUAAAUUGAAAAGAUGGUAUGAAUAUGAAGGAGAAUUUAAGGACUAUUUUGAGUUAUUUCUUGAUGGUAAACUUGACUAUGGCUCGUGGUUUGACUAUGUUAAAGAUUGGGAGAAAAUUAUAGCUGAAAAUUCAGAUUUACCUAUACUGGACUGUACAUAUGAAGAUCUUAAAGAGGAUCCAGUAAGAGAAAUCGGAAGAAUUGCCAAUUUUCUUGGUGUUGAAAGAAAUGAAAAUUUAUUUAAAAGUAUCGCAGAAAGCUGUAGUAUUGAUAUUAUGAGAACUCGUUUAAAAGACCAUUUUCAGUUUGUGGAAGACGGGAUGAACCUUGUUUGCAGAAAAGGUGAAACGGGUGAUUGGAAGAACUGGUUUACUGUAGCACAAAAUGAACGUUUUGAUCAAAUUUACAAGCAGAGAAUGGUUGACUCGAAAUUAAAAUUCAAAUUUACUUUAUAGAACAAAAUUAAACACAAAUCUACACUAAAGAAUGGUUCUAAAUAUAUGAAUUGUUUCCAUGUACAUUGAAAUUCAAAUUAAAUGUUUCCAUAUACAAUGUUUCCAUAUACAUUGAAAUCCAAAUUAAAUUCAAAUUUGAUUUAUAACAACACUAUAGCCAAGCUAAGCGUAAAGUUGAAAACCAAGUUGUAAACCGCGAGCAUGGUGGUUGCUAGUUCCGUGGAUUCAUAUUUUCUUCGAUCUUGUUCGUUAUUUAAUUGGACUUCCAUUCAGAAACCCUAAAUAAAUAAUUGUUUAUAUAAAGACAAAUACCUAAUGUUGUAAUACUAUAGGGGUUAUUUGAAAUCUAAUUAUUGAAAUAUUUCAAUAUUUCUUUCUUUCAAUGUUUUAAACGUUUAUACUAUAUAUUCUUAUGUUUCUAUUAAUCCUUUGUUAUUAAUUAGACGUUAAGCUACUAAUCUAAUUUUAGACAGUUGUCAGCUGGUACAUUAAUUAAUUUAAUUAUUAUCUUAUUGUUUAUUUUACUGUAAUGUUUUUUAAAAAUAUUUUUAAUCUUCCCUCUUAAUUGUUAUUAGUAACCUUCGUGUAUAUUGUUAAUUCCUAAGAUAUUAUUUUAUUAUAAAUACAGAUUUAUACAUUGACAAAGCGUUUUCGGUUUCAUCCCGUUUCCAGGACAGUUACCCUGCUUGUCGGGCGUGCUGUUCUCCGUGUAUGAUGUUUAAUGUUUUCCGGAAAUAAAUAGUUUCAAGAAUA